AUGUCGGUGAUUGGGGAUGAUGCUGCUUCGCAAGGGAGUGGAGUUUCUAUACAAGUGUUCCGUCCGACAUGGGAUGAGUUCAAAGAUUUUAAUAAAUAUGUUCAAUAUAUGGAAUCAAGAGGAGCAAAUAAAGCUGGCCUGGCAAAGGUGAUUCCACCUCCAGAGUGGGUUCCACGGAAGAAAGGCUAUGAUUUAGAUGAAUUAAACGUCACCAUCCCUUCGCCCAUAUGUCAAGUUGUAACUGGAAAGCAAGGUUUAUUUCAACAAAUUAAUAUACAGAAGAAGGCAAUGACAGUGAAGCAAUUCGCCGUUUUAGCAAAUUCAGCCAAAUACUGCACUCCCAGACACACUAAUUACGAUGAUUUAGAGAGAAAAUAUUGGAAAAAUGUAACUUACGUAGCUCCAAUAUACGGCGCUGAUGUGAACGGCAGCAUAACAGAUCCUGACGUGAAGGAGUGGAAUAUUAACCAUCUAGGAACAAUUCUUGAUUUUGUAAACUCAGAUUAUGGUAUUGAGAUUGAUGGCGUCAAUACUGCUUAUUUAUAUUUUGGUAUGUGGAAGACUACAUUCGCUUGGCACACAGAAGAUAUGGAUUUAUAUUCAAUAAAUUACCUUCACUUUGGUGAACCUAAAACUUGGUAUGCUAUCCCACCUGAACAUGGAAAAAGAUUUGAAAGAAUCGCUGCUGGUUUCUUCCCUACAUCUGCAAAAACAUGCCAAGCUUUCCUUCGACACAAAAUGACACUGAUAUCUCCACAAAUAUUAAAGCAAUACUCUGUACCAGUCAACAAAAUCACUCAAGAGGCUGGGGAAAUCAUGAUUACAUUCCCUUACGGUUAUCAUGCAGGUUUUAAUCAUGGUUUUAAUUGUGCCGAGUCAACAAAUUUUGCGGCACCUAGGUGGGUGGAAUAUGGAAAGCGAGCCUUGCAAUGCACUUGUAGUAAUGAUAUGGUAAAAAUAUCAAUGGACACAUUUGUUAAACGAUUUCAACCAGACCGUUAUGAGCUUUGGUUAAAAGGACAAGACAUUGGUUGCCACCCUGAACAACCAGAGAAAAUGGUACCUGCUCCUCAUCCGUCUGGCCAAGAUAUUUUAUGUAACAAGAACAACACAGAACUUCCAGAAUCAUUCAUAGAAGCAGAGGUAGAAGGCUUAAAGAAGAAGAAACGUCAUCCGCUACAUUUAAAGAGAGCUAUGGCCAGUAAGAGCAUAUCUGAAGGCGCUAUAGCAGUUUCAAUACUUGGUCACGAUGUUAUGGAUGACGAUGAAAUGACAAUGGCCGAAGGAGAUUUGGACAUGAUGACAUCAAUGAAAAGGCCCAUUAUGCCAAUAGAUCCAGAUGACAAUCAGCUAGAUGCUCUAGAAGAUAUUUGGCUCAAAGGCGAUGAAAUGGAUCCUUCCGAAGCACAAUUACCUGAUAUUGGCUACAUUGAUUCUGAUAGAGAUUCUGAUUAUAUUGCACCCACCACUAAAAAGACUACAAAAACUCGGAAAAAAAGAAAAGAAAGUAUUAAAAAGGAGCCGAAAGAAAAAUCUAUUAAGGAAGAAACUGAAGAUACCACUAGUCAAGACCAAGAUAAACUCUCAACACAGCCUAAAAAGCAGCGCAGAAAAAUGAAGUCCAAGAAGUUAUCAAGUGAGCAAUUACAGGAUAUGGCAGCAGUUAUCUCUAGUUGGGAAUCUCCACCACAUGAAUCCGAAACUGCAGCUGUAGGUCCUAUUCCAGUAGCAUCACCAAAAGUAGAUCCUUUGACUGAUUCUUUUUCAAUAUCACACAACACUACAUUAGACACAUCACAUGAAAUAAAAAAAGAGCCGAAAAAACGAAAAACACCUCUAAAAGAUGGUGAAAAGAAAGAAAAACCUAAAAAAGAAAGAGUGAAGAAAGAUCCUGUUAAACGUGAACCCAAAGUCAAAACCUCUGAAGGUGAGCAGAAAGUUAAAAAGCCUCGUAAACCAAGAACACCAAAGAAAAUUCCUAACUUUGAAUAUAAUUCACCUCUCCAACCUGUUAUAGAUAAUAUUUCCAAAAUGUAUUCUCAAAGCAGCUCACAUAAGACAUCAACAGUAACAAGUUCACAAUCAACUGAAGUUAGAUCACCGGAAACUUCUAAGCCCCCACCGAAGCCCUAUGCCAGUUUACUAUUAGAUGCAAAUUUGCGGGUACCUGUAGUUCCACCAAUGAACAAAAAUCCAAGCGCUUUCCAGGGUGAAUUUCACAAAUUUAUGGAAACCUCUCAAAGUCGACUAUCAUCAGAACCAUGUGGGAUUAAAAUGUCUGCACAAAAGAAGGUAAUAGUUGAAAGUAUCGAGCCAAAAUCUUACCCAAGCACUCCAGAGAAGACUCAGGACAUACCCUUGCCAAUCGGUCAAUAUAAUGACAGUAUAUUUUUAGACACCCCCAUAGAUUAUAGAACCUAUCAACCUCACAAUACGGAAAGAUUAAACGAGACCAAACCUCCGAGUUAUCAAGAGAGAAACCGCUGGAGGCCUGAAUACUAUACCAACUAUGUACAAAAUAUGCAACCAAUGUAUGGACAGAUGCAUUCAAAUCAGUACUUCAGAAGUCCGUACCAAUCCCCUUGGUAUGGCUAUCAGAAA